AUGCCAUUGAUGGAUUUCCAAAAGUUUAGAAACGCCGACUUCGAAGUUCAAUCACAGACGUUAGAGACGCUUUUCGAACGAAGCAAGUCGCUGGAGAAAAUGACAAUCGCAAAUCCGUCGUUUGCUCGAGAUCGGAGCUCGAACUAUGUGGAAUUGGUGGAAAAAAUAAGGGCAAAACUUUUGGAACUUUGUAGCCAGGCAGAAGCGUCGCGUGAGGCCAAAGCGGAUGUAAGUGACGUUAUAGCAGCGCACCCUAGACUGGGACAGCCACGAGUUGUUUUAUCAGCGCAUUCGGCAAUCGAACAGCGCAAUUUGGGCAACUCAGACUCCCCGGAAAUAAAAGAGACUCUGCAACGGCUAAACAAGCAAUACGAAGCACAGUACCCAGGACUGCGAUUCGUGGUUUUCGUCAAUGGCCGCACAAGACCACAAAUAAUUAAAGUCAUGCAAAGCAGGAUAAAUUCGGACAACUCGUGGGUCCAGGAAGCGCAGCUCGCAUGCAACGAAAUGUGCGACAUUGCCCUGGACAGAAUCAAAAAAAGCGUGGCACCACUGGCAAUGGAAACUAAAUUGUGA